AACGCGACAGACUGACAGAUGCUGACAACAUAAACCGCCGUACUUUGGAUAGAUAUUGUAGUGAGAGUGUUGCGAUUUAUUUCCAUGCAUUGGACAUUCAUUUGUACUAACAGUUUACUAACAGGAAUGGAAUACCGACUAAUGCAUUUCUUAUUUGCUGUAGCAUGUACAGUUGACUGUACAAUUGCAGAUUCAGAUUUAUGCACGAAACUAACUAGAGCUGCCUACUGUUACCAAGAGAACGUCUACCGUGCCUGCACAACUACUUGCUCAGGGAAACUACUAGAUAUCAAGUAUGUCCAGGCCGACUGUCCGUGGGGAAAUAACGGCAAUGUCAUUACCAACGAUUUGGACGAAUACUGUGCGGUGAGCGUCACUCAGGACAAAUGUGGGGAGUUCUGCAUCAACCCCCAGGCGAUCAGUGGUCGGGUGUUAGGCUGGAAAUGCUGUAAAGCAUGCGUAGACAUCUGUGGAGACGCCCCACAGCGCGACACAAACUUUGAGGACAGAUACCCCGCAGUGUAUUCACACAAUUCUUAGGAUGCUGAUCGUGGUUGGACAAUUUUUACAACCAAAUGAUUAAAAUAAGCAAUGUUAAUGAUUUCACAUUUCUAUCAAUGAACAUCCAUCAUGGACACGGUGAACCAUGAUUCAUACAUGUACAGUGUACCAACAAUGUUUGCAUGGCUCAACAGACCUUUCUUUUCUAGUUUAUUAUUUAUUUAUUUUUUUAGGUAAUUCCAUCAGCAAUGAAUUUUUAAAUAUUUAUACGAUUAAUUUACUACCAUUAUUGAUUUUAAUUAUAUUUAAAUUAUUUUCAAAAUUCUUAUACUAUCUAUCCAGCUUUCUAUUUGAAACAGCCUACACUUUUCGCAAUAUUAGCAACAAACAUUGCUAAUUGGCUUGAAUUUUAAUGAUGAUUUUUAUAUACAUCUACUCUUGCUUGUAGUAUUUUAUUUCUUCCUCUUAGUCUUAUGCUUUCGUAUCUGUAUAUUCUUGCAUGAAAUGUUUUGUUUUUAUUUUGUAUUCUUUUGUUAAUCUGUGAUAUGUCUGUGUAUAUGUGUACAUGCAUGUUGUGUCUUUGAUGUACAUGUAUGUAAUAGUCGGUUAAAAAGCUCUACAGAGCGUGUGUUUUGAUUUGUUGAAUGUAUAUAGUACCGACUUUAAAUAAAAUUUACUUUAUGUA